AUGUCUUUUGCCGAUAUUUCCAAGAGCCUCAGCGACAUCGAGCGCAAGGUGACCAAAUCCAUCAAGAUCCUCCAGAAGGGCAACGACCUGAACUACAAAGAUGCCAUUAAGCUGGGGACCAAGUCCAAUUCGAUUGUCAGCACUAUCAACAAAGGAAUAAAGGAGUAUGGGAACUUUAACCCGUCCGAUGACGAUGCGAAGAAACUGCUGAAUCAGAUGAGCACCAUCGUGGACCUGACCGAGACCCAGCUGAACACCAUGGUAGCCAACAAAGGCCGGCUUGAGAGCUUGAAGGUCGGCGGCCUCGUGAAGAAGAACGUGCAGAAAACCGAGACUGCCAGCAAGGAUCUCUCCAACGUGAUGAUCUCGAAGGCUCCCGCGGGCACCAAGGAGGAUGCCGAGACGCUGGAGAAGAGGCGUCAAGCCGCUUUCAGCAAGGCUAUUGCAGCGUUUGCCAGUUCUACUGGUGGCGAGGAUGAGGCGCUUGGGGACGACUCUGAUUGA